GAGCCUACAGCAGUGAGUAGGACAGAAAGGAGCAGCUUCCCUCUGACCGAUCAUCAUUCCAGUAAGCCAGGUAUUUUCCUUAACCUCACACCUCGUGGCCUGUUCUGAUGUGCUGUGAUCAGUCAGUGGCCGGGUGCACAGCAGGCAGAUCACAGCGAGGAUGGAGCUGUCCAUCCUGCACUUCCUAUGCUAGAAUUUAAGGGUCCAUUUACACUGGAGCCAAGUCCAGGAAACCUUUUAUUUUGGGAACUAAAGAUCCUACACAGGAGAAGAAAAGAGACGUAGUCUUAAGGGUUACCAGAUAGUUGACAUGCAUGCUGUACCAUGGUGCAUUAGCAAAUGGACAAAUGAAAUUCCAAAAUAGAGGGGAGUAUAUUAAAAAGGAAUUAAGGAAGCCCCGGGCAUCCCAGACCACAGCUCACCACUGAAGGUUAGGGCCAGGACUGAGACACACGUGUUUUACAUUCGCCAUUUUAUAACAGUUCUGUUGUGUGAAACGGUUGGGGAACUUGUGAAAUCUUCACUGUUUUUUGAUAUCUGCUUUUUUUUUUUUUUUUGUAAUAAAGACCAGACAAAUAAAUCGUCACUGAAUAUUUACUUGGAGUCUGCAGUAUCUUGAAGCUAACUAACUUGCUUUUAAUUCUGCAGGCAGCUGAAUGCAAAGGCUUACCAAAGUUAAAAAGCAAGCCCUAGAGCUUCUCCCCUCCAUUUAUCUGCUAAGCUUGCUUUCUAGCAGCUGUUUCUCCUUUAAGUCAUGGCAAUACAUGGCAUAUAAGAAAAUCUGAGGUUGUUUCAAGACAUUUAAACAACAGGAGACGUUCCAAACCAGCAUUGCUGGAGGUGUCCCUGCCUGUGCUCAGACUUGAACCACAACGACACUUCUGACCACUGAUGCUACGUGCCUUCUCUAAAGGAGAAAAACAGUAACACAGGGUUGUUGCAGGGGGUGAAAGUCCUGAUCUCAUGGUUGGGAUCAUAUUUGUCUCUCCAGGAGAUGAACCUGCAAUCAACAUUCCAAAGCCAACCAAAGUCACACUGGACCCGUUCCUUCUAGGUGGCAUUGGACAAACAAAGGCAGCAGAAGAGCAAUCUUCAGGUUUUCCAGAUUCCCCUCAGAGUGUGCUAUGAAGUAUUUAGGAACGUUUAUAAGGAUGUGUUUAUUUUGUGUUCAGGGAUGCGCUAAAUGAGGCUGCCUGCAGGCAUGGGGUAGGAGUGCAGAGCUGAGGGAAGGCCUCUCUUCUGCUGACUGCUGCUGAGUGAAAUGGAAAGAGGCAGUGAGCUCAGGAGCACGCUGUGCUCACAUCACAGCAUGGUGCAUCACGAUGGCCCUGCUCACCCAUCUGCCUCCAGAGCAGCGUCACGUGAUGGACACACUCCCAUCCCUGGAGAUGCAGAUGUGGGACACGAGGAGGUGCUGAUCUGGGCUCUUUUUGUGUCUCUUCACUCCAGAAAUGAUGAUAAAACCAUGCAUAUUGUUGCAGUGCAAUCUUAAAGGUGAGCACUGCACACUCACUGGAUUUCAAGCAGUCCUGUGCCGUUCCUAUCAGCUCUCAGUGACCUGUGCUUGUGCUUCAAGAAGCUCACACCGCAGAUGGUAACAUCCACAUUACACUCUUCAGACAAAAACAGGUUUCUCUUUCUACUGAACUGAGAGAAAGGGGAACAAGAGACUUGCUCAGUUACUAGAAAGGGAGUGCUUAUCACAGCUUCAAAAUUGGAAGUUGUGUGUUACGUUAAAAUUAUCAGGAGGAGGAACAGUUGCUACAUGCAUUUGCUGUGCUUGUGUCUUUCAGAUCUCAUCUGCAAAACGCGGGAGAAAUUGGCACUUUCCACACGGGGGAUCUCACAUCCUCCCCCACACCCCCUGGCACCGGUUCUGGGAUCAACCUGGGCUAGCAGAUAACCUGCCCAGCAGGAUAGCAUCCCAACAGGGGGGAACCAUUGCUGGAUGGGAGCUCCCCACCCCAGGAAUGGGGAUGGGAGUGUGAAAGCAGAGCCCUGCAGGAAGGCCAUGAGGGUACGCUGAGGUCUGCAGGUGUGCUCUAUUACACACUUAAAGCGCAGACCCCAGCAGAUCAGGUUUCUUCUGAGCAGAAGUAGAGCAGAAGCCUCCUCCGCACUCUCCCUCCUGCUGUUGGCGUUAUCAGUGGGGAAGCCUGAGCAAACACACAAGGGCAAAGUCUUGCUGACAUCUUUCAGACUCUUACGAAAUGCAUACGAUGAGCAGGAUUGGGUGCUGCUGCUGGGUGCCCACCUGUGGGCUGCAGCGCUCACCGCGCAGCUCUGCGAGGCCAACUUCGAGCCAAUAAACCCCUCCGCUGCCAGCACCCUCACACAAAGCCCCCAGAAGCACAGCUCAAGGAGGAUGUGGUGCAAUGCAGGCGCAGCCCUGAGUGGAAGCCUGCAGCGACAGGGCAGCUCCACUUCCCCAUCUCGGGGCCACGCUGCUCUGACGCCACCGUGGCCACUUCCUGGUGGGUUCGUGACACCAGGCGGGCUGUGGGAAGGCAGACGUGCAGCCUAGAGAGGCUGGGCAAGGAAGGCACACACCGCGGGGAAGGCUGGGCAGGCGAGCCCCCAACACAGCUGGGCACACCGCACCCAUCUCACACAGCACCAUGUCGCUGGUGGAGACCAUCCGGCUGUGGCAAGAGGGGGUGUGCGCUGCGGAUGGCAAGGAGUGGGGGGCAGCCCUGAAGGCCUUCACUGCUGUCCAGAACCCACCGGCCAAAAUCUGCUUCAACAUCGGCUGCACCCACCUCGUCCUGGGGCAGCUGGCCGAGGCAGAGGAGGCGUUCACUCAGAGCAUCAGCUGUGACAAGCACCUGGCUGUGGCCUACUUCCAGCGGGGAACCGUCUUCUACAAGAGACACAACCAUGAAAUGGCCUUGAAGGAUUUCAAGGAGGCUCUGGCCCAGCUGCGAGGCAACCAGCUCAUUGACUACAAGAUCCUGGGGCUGCGCUACAGGCUCUUUGCUUGCGAGAUCCUUUACAACAUCGCGCUGGUGUAUGCCACCAUGGAGAACUGGAAGAAAGCCGAGGAGCACCUGACACUGGCAAUGAGCUCAAAGAGUGAGCCCCAGCACAACAAGAUUGACAGGGCAAUGGAAGCCAUCCUGAAGCAGAAGCUCUAUGAGCCAGUGGCAAUUCCCACAGGGAAGCUGUUUCGACCAAAUGAAAAGCAAGUUGCUCAGCUGGAGAAGAAGGACUACCUGGGAAAAGCCAUGGUGGUGGCAUCCGUGGUGGACAAAGACAGUUUUUCAGGAUUUGCUCCCCUCCAACCGCAGGCCUCUGGGCCUCCACCCAGGCCCAAGACACCAGAAAUCCUCAGGGCUCUUGAAGGGCAGCCACACCGCGUCCUGUAUGAGUUCAUCCCUGAAACUGCUGAGGAGCUCCAGGUUCUGCCAGGAAACAUCGUCUUUGUCCUGAAGAAAGAGAAGGACAACUGGGCUACAGUGAUGUUCAAUGGGAAGAAAGGGAUCGUCCCCUGCAACUUCCUUGAGCCCAUGGAGCUCCAGCACAAGCUGCACGUCCAGGACGAGGCCCCUCUCGAGCCUGACAUCCCUGAGCCACCCAGCAGCACUGCUCCAAGGCCCCGGCGGCCAGCACCAGACUGCGUUCCUGUUACAUCAACGCAACAGAGAGAAGCCAGUAAGGAAUCUGAACCAGACAUCCCCAAGCCCUACGUUCUUAAGGUGCAUUACAAGUACACAGUUGCCAUGCAAGUCAAGCCAGACCUGUCCUACAAGGAGCUCCUGGGCCUGGUUUGCGACAAGCUGGAGCUGCAGCCUGAGCACACAAUGCUGAGGUACAAGUCUGCAGCUAGCGGAGAGCUGGUGACUCUGAGCGCACAGAACCUGGAGGAAGCUUGGAGCCACAGCAAGGAUCAGUGCCUGACGGUGUGGUGUGACUGCACGGAGGGAGAGGGAUUUUUACCUGACAGCAAACCAGAGGAGCCGCAGCAGGCAGCAGCAGAGACGGGACCAACCCAAGUGGUAGCACAGUACAGUUACGAGGCCACCCAGCCCGAAGACCUGGAGUUUCAGGCUGGAGAUGUGAUACUUGUUUUGUCCAAAGUGAAUGAAGACUGGUUGGAAGGGCAAUGCAAUGGCAAGAUAGGCAUCUUCCCCUCUGCUUUUGUUCGAGAUGGUAACACUAAAGACCCAUAAAUCUGAUUUCAGAAGAGUGUAAGGAGACAUGGACACUGAAAGAAAUUAAGAAUUCAAGUGUUGCAGCUGAGAAGUUCCCACAUUAGUCACUGCGUCUGAAAACAGACCUAAAAUAUUGUUGCUGCGUGUAUUAAAAGCUUUAUUUUUGUGUGUGUUA